CUUCCUUCACAGUCCUACGGCCCUACACUCAACUUCUACUAAAGCGAGGAACCAAAGCCAAUGACUCUCAUUUCAAUCUCAUCAAAUUCUUGCUCAAAAACCAGCUGCCCCCUGGAAGAAAACCCAUUACCCAACUACCCAUCCGUCUAAGGCUCCUUUGGAGAAGAAGCUGCUGAGGAUGAAUAUUGGUUGGGGUUCGGAGUGCUGUAGUGGGUGUGAGUCUGGUUGGACUAUGUACUUGGACCAGUAUUCUUCCCCCUCUGCUAAUCCUUGUAAAGUAGGUGGUGGAGGAUUUGGUCACCCACUGGGUAUCUAUGGUAAAGGUGACACAGGAAAAGAUGCAAAAGUGGAUGAUGAUGGUGUAGCAGAACCAGAAGAAGAAGAAGAUUUGUCUAUGGUCUCCGACGCAUCGUCUGGACCUCCACAUUUCCACGAAGACGAAGAAGACAACUACUCCUACGAUGAAAAUGCGUAUUUUUGUUCUUCUACUGCUGCAUUAGAGAAGAAGACUGGUCGAAGAGGGAAAAUCCUGGAGCAUCGUCACCAACGUCACCCCUCUUCGUUCCUUGAUGACACUGCAAGCUCUCCCAUCGUCAGCUUAUCCAAGAACAACCUCACUCUUACUGAAAAUCAAGCUUCGGGGGAGAAUGUUCUCUCACAAGGUUUCUCUGGAAAUCAUUUUAAGGGGAAAUCUUCGUUCCAGAAACAUUUUAGUUUCCUGCCGGCCGGGAAAUCAUCUUCAUCAAAAACAAGUUAUUUGCAGGGAAGAGAGUGGGAAUGAUAUACGAUCACAUCUUCAAUCUCUUCUGGUAAAAAUAUUGCUCAAUAAUUAAGCUGUAACGGCGAAUUAGAUCUCGAAGGGAUCUAUUUCUAUUUCCUUCUUCCUUCAAGUUUGUGUAUUUCUUGCCUCCUCUCAAAGCAAUAGGAAACAAGUAGAGAAAGGAAAAUAAAUUUCUUACUGUCAUUUUAAUUACAAUUUCUUGUCACGACUCAUGAAUGGUGGUUACAUAUUAUAAAUGAGAUUUGUGGGUCUUCAUUAUAUUCAA